GUGAUUUGCAGCAAUAAUUGUUCUAAAUAUUCACUGGUCCUUUUUAACAAGGUCAUGAAAUUUCAAAAUUCCGUUACAGUUACAAAUUUUUCUGAGAGCUGUUUUAAGUAGAUGUUGACCCGAGGUUUAUCAAAAUCAACGUGCAUCGAAUUCUUACCAUGCGUUAUAUAUCUAAACAGGAACAAUUCUGGAUCGCUUGCAGUUUCGGACGUGAAGGAGCUGCUAAGAGGUUGAUCGAAGCUGGUGUGGAUGUUAAUUGGAGGUCCUAUGUGUACGAAUGCUAUCCUAUACAUGUCUGCUCCCAAGGGAAACCUAGUAUUUUACAGAUGGUUAUUCGAGCAGGAGCAGAUGUUAAUGCACUUGAUUCCGCAGGUAAUACAGCUUUGCACCAUGCUGCUAUGUCAGGCAAUGAAAUCAAUACUCAAAUGCUUUUAUCUGCGGGUGUAAAUGUUGAUAUAGUCAAUAAAAAUGGUUGGACACCGUUAUUUAAUGCUGUCUAUUGGAAUCAUCCAUCUAUAGCUGAAAUGCUACUGGCCAAUGGUUCAAGUCCAUUUUUGAAGAAUAAGAAUGGGAGAAUUCCACUACAUGAAUUAUGCCGAACUAAAUCCAAAGAUUCUGUUCGAAUUCUUAAAAAUUUCGAAUUACUUCUUCAAUGUAUGAAUAAAUAUAAACGAGAAGCAUUAGUCAGUAUAAAUGAUUGCAAGCCUAAUCCCAUUACUACUACUAAUUCUACUACUAUUGAUGACAAUCUAAAUUUAAAUGAAACUAUAAUAGAUAAUUGUGGAACUUCUAUUGAUUUGGAUAAUAUGAGUUUAAGAGCAUGUUCUCACAAUGACUUGGAUUCAGAAGCUGACUUUACCCCACUUCUAUUUGCCUGCUAUCAUGGACAUUUGGAACUUGUCAAAGCACUGUUGGAUCGUGGCGUUAAUGUCUCCGUCACUGACAAGAAUCACUGGACAGCUUUACAUUGGGCUGCACAACAGUGUCAUGCUGAUAUUGUUGAAGUACUAUUGGAUUAUGGUGCAUCAAUAUAUGCGAAAGAUUUGCGUGGUUGUAUGCCAUAUGCUGUAACAAAUGAUAUAGGUUUACAAGAAUGUCUUUCACCCGAUAUUGACUAUCCAAAUAUUAUAUCCAAUGGACAUGUAACCACUGAUGAAGAAGAUGACGAUGACAAAGACAAUCAUAAUAAUGAUAUGAAUGACAUAGACAGAAAAGAAGAAGUAUCUAAAAUAAAAUCAAGUUCACUUCAAUUACAAUUAUUACAAUCACAUCCACAAAUGAAUAUAAAUGAUACAUUGGAUUCAUCUAUGAUAACUAAACAACUUAAUCUAAUGGAAUUAUCUUUAAUUGAAAAUCACAUGGAAAUAUCCACUGCUGAAAUAGCAUCACCUGAAAUUUAUAUUAGUACUGUAUAAUUAUAGGCAAUAAUAAAUGAAAAGAAAACAAAUUCUAAUUCCUUUUAGCUUCUUUCCUUCUCUCUUAUUCAGAUUGUUUUGUAUUAUUGCCUUAAACAAUGUCAACUUGUUCUAUUCACACCACAUCAACAAGUUUGAAUGUAAACAAUAUGAUUUUAAUGCAGUGAAUUCAUGGAAUAAAAAGGACAUGGUAUUACUUUAAUAUCAAAAAUCUAGUGAAGACGGAAAGCGAGUAUAUUCUUUGCCAAUACUACCGAUUAUAAGUUAAUGUCAUCCAAUAUUUUCAACCAUUGGUUACAAUACUCUCACAGACUCCAACCAGGCAAUAAUAAAUGAAAAGAAAACAAAUUCUAAUUCCUUUUAGCUUCUUUCUUUCUCUCUUAUCCAGAUUGUUUUGUAUUGUUGCCUUAAACAAUGUCAACUUGUUCUCUAUUCUAUUAUUUUUUUUUUAUAAAAAAAAAUGGCACUACUCAUGGCUGAACCAUUGACAAAUUUGUAUUGGAACUGCAUAUUCAAAGAACAUCUUCACAUUAUGAUUGUUAUGAUGAUUAUUAUUAUUGAAUAGUCAUAUUGUGAAUGAUCAUUUAGGAAUUUUAAUGUAAACAGUUAUACUUAUUUUUAAACUGCUAGGUUUCUUCUCUUUUUUCUUACGUAAAUGUAUAGUCUGGUUUAAAGCUUUAAAACUUGUUGUAUCUACUAUGAAUGAGAACAUAUACAAUUGGCAUAAAAUUCAAUGAAUCUAAUAUAAUGCUUACUAAUACGAUUAUAUUUAUAGCUUAUAAGAAGAGAAUACAUCGAUGCAUUGCUCCUCUUUUCUUCUUUCAUUCUUCCUAAAUCUUUUCUCAAUUUGUCACAUACUUUCUUCACAUGUCCUACAUAUUUUGUUGUUGUUGUUGUUGUUGUUCAUUUUGAUUUAAAACCAUAUUUUAAUUUGACAUUUUGAUGUGAUAAUUUAUUCUCAUGUAUGAUGAAGUAUACAAUUGCCAAGUUUUCACUUUUAUUUAAAGAAGUAAGUGUUCGUUCUAUUGUUAAUUGAUAUGGUUUACUUCGAUUUUCAUAUAUCCUUAAUUGAAAGUACAUUCUAUGUUUCUUAUGACUGAAGCCAAGUGAAGUUGAAUAGAGUUCCUAGUUUCUAA